AUGGUCGAAGGCAUCACUCCGCAGGAAGCUAGUGACAGGCUCAAUACAUUUCAGGUGAAAAUCUAGAUUUAUAAACAUUUCUUUUGAAGGAAAGAAUCAAUAUAAAUAAAUAAAUAAUAAUAAAUAAGAAAGGGCAGACUUUGGAGUAAAGUUGUGUAGUAUCAAAAUCUUAUUGAGAGUUUUCCUCGUUUUUUUAGAGCCGUUUUGACGAACUUUGGCGAAAGUUCAUCACCUACUCUGGCGGUGAGCAGUUGUUUGGUCUCCCUGUGACUGAGUACCCUGAGCUUGCUCGCACCAAGAAAGAACUGGGGCUGCUUCAGAAACUGUAUGGGCUGUACAAUGCUGUUAUUGAUGGUGUUAACGGCUAUUAUGAUAUCCUGUGGACUGAAGUGGAUAUUGAGAAGAUUAACAACGAGCUAAUCGACUUUCAAAACAGGUGUCAGUUUAGUCAUCACUAG